AUGGCAGCCGCCGCGCCCUCGCCCUCGUCCUCGUCCUCGUCCGCGCGGGCGCGCGCGCCGCCCUGGCCAUUGCAUCCCCUCGCCCGCGGCGGCUCCGAGCGCCAGGAAAUGGAGGCCGUCGCGGCGACCCACCCCGACGCGCAACGGAUGCGGCGGAAGGGGAGGAAGCAGAAGCAGCUGUGGCCCAGGACCGUGCUGCGGAAGUGGCUGAACAUCAGGUCGCCGGAGUCCGACUUCAGCGCCGACGAGGGCGACACCACCGGCGACGACACGGAUAGCGAAGUCGAGUAUGAAGAGAUGUGCGCAUGGGAGCGCAAGUUGCAUGAUGAAGAGAGGAACUUCCGUGGAUUCGGUGCUGAGGCUAUUGGAAACCAACUGGGGGCAGUUCCCUGUGGGCUUCAUAGAAGGCGCAAGUCAGAGACCCUUCGUGCUCAGUAUAUUGAUGUCAGGGAACUCAGGAUUUGUGCUGGAACAUGGAAUGUUGCAGGCAGACUUCCACCUAAUGACUUGGAUAUUCAAGAAUGGUUGGAUAUGGAGGAUCCAGCUGAUAUAUAUGUUCUUGGAUUUCAAGAAAUUGUUCCACUAAAUGCUGGGAAUAUAUUUGGUGCUGAAGACAACCGCCCUGUUGCAAUGUGGGAGCAUAUUAUUCGUGAAACAUUGAAUAAGAUCAGCCCAGACAAACCCAAAUAUAAAUGUCACAGCGAUCCUCCUUCUCCGUCAAAAUUCAAGCCAUCUGAUGAUGCUUUUGUGAUGGAAGAUGAACUUAUUAGUGAGUCUGUUAGUGAAAGUGAUGGGGAGGUGCACCCAUUGAACGAACAAGAUUUGGCCGAUUCUGUUGAUGGCAUUCAUGGUAACAAAUGUGAACAUCCCACUGAUGCACCUGAAACAAUUUUACAAGAUGACGAGUUCAGCAGGUUGCCUUCAAUGAAGACUUUUGACAGAUCCAAUAACCUAAGUUUUAAAGAAUCUAAUUUGGAAGAGAAGAUCUGCCAGAAGCUAUUAACUAAAACAUUCAGUAACUCAGAGAGGCUUGGAAUGAUUUGGCCUGAACCACCAUUGGAUAUGUUGGCCCAGUGUCUUCCUGACAGCACAAAGUCAUAUGCUUCAGGAAAGGCAUUAAGAUUAUAUUUGUCUUUGAAGUCAGUAAAUGGAGAUUCUGGUCCAUUUGCAGAGGAUAAUUCAGUUCCUGAUUUUAACAUUAACUGUGCAGCAGUUAAAAGGAAAAGAUCGUACUUUGUAAGGAUAAUAAGCAAGCAGAUGGUUGGAGUGUACCUAUCAAUAUGGGUACGAAGAAGCCUCCGAAAGCACAUUCAGAGUCUGAAAGUAUCAACUGUAGGGGUCGGUGCUAUGGGAUACAUUGGUAAUAAGGGAUCAAUAUCAGUAAGCAUGUCCAUAUACCAAACACACUUUUGCUUUAUAUGUUGUCACCUGACCUCUGGAGAAAAGGAAGGAGAUGAACUAAAAAGGAAUGCUGAUGUUCAAGAAAUCCACCGAAGGACAAUAUUCAAUCCAGUUUCCAGAGUCAACAUGCCUAAGACGAUAUAUGACCAUGAAAGGAUUGUAUGGCUAGGUGAUCUUAACUAUAGGAUCAAUUUACCAUAUGAGAAGACACAUGAACUCAUCUCCAAGCAGGACUGGAAUGAAUUGUUUGGGAAAGAUCAGCUGAAAGUAGAGCUGAAGAAGGGGCAUCUAUUUGAAGGAUGGACUGAAGGGGUCAUCAACUUUCCUCCAACGUAUAAGUACAAGGUUAACUCAGAAAAGUACAUAAGUGAUGAUCACAAAUCUGGAAGGAGAACACCUGCAUGGUGUGACCGAAUUCUUUGCCAUGGUAAGGGUAUGAGGUUACUGUCAUAUAAGACAGUUGAUAUCAGGCUAUCAGAUCACCGCCCUGUGAUUGCUGUGUACAUGGCUGAUGUUGAGGUUUUCUCUUCAAAAAAGCUGCAGAGAGCUCUUACCUUCACCGAUGCAGAGGUCGAGGAACAGCUCUCCUUCGAGGAAGAUAGUACUUCUGGAAUAUACAACCUUGGACUAUGUUAA